GGUUCAGCAUUGACGGGUAUUAUUGGAGGAGAAAUGCUGUAGAUGGGAGAAAUGCCAUUGACAUCAAAGAACAGACCAUCAGCAAGAUCCUGCGAAGGCGUGCUUCACAUGGGGAAUGCAAGUGCAAUAUGCAUACAUAGACCCACAUGCAGCAGCAGGUUAGGUUGGCCCAAUCACCAAAAGCUCUGCGAUGGCCCUGAGAGCUUCAUGCCAGUUUGCGACAAACUUCCACCAAAAGGCCAAUUUUUUAUAAUGGCUCUUUUUAGCCAUUUUUAUUUUGUUACUCUUUUGUCUGUCAAUGUCGACGCUAACCGUCAGUCAAGCACCGUGGGUAUCUCGCGCGUCACAAAUCUGACUGCAAUCCGUACUGGCAAAGGAGAUGCCUGAUCCAAACUCGCAUCACGUCCACUUCAGCUCGUCCCGCGGCGAGCCAGCAGAGAACCACCACUCUCCACCAGCAAAGCUCAAAACACUUCUAGACGAAUUUGUGGCUUCGCAUCCUUAUAAACCUCAAGAUGACGACGUUCAGGAAGACACAGGCAGAGACCUACAUAGACUCCACCACGGCAUACAUGAAAUCCUCAGUCCAACGGAAAAGUUUCUGGUCCUUUUGGCAUCCGCCCUGUAUGCAUACGGGACCCCUACGCAUUUCCUUGCCAGACAUAUGCAAGACGUAGCGAAAGGCUUGGGCCACGAAGCUCAGUUUGUGGUGCUGCCAACGUACAUGCUGGUAGCUUUUAGAAAACGGAAUCAGCCAGCAUCCUAUCCUCUGUUCUUUUCAACCACUAGCGGAUUGGAUAUGUACAAAUUGCAAUUGGUUGACGAACUUGCCCGUCGUGUUGCAUCCUAUGCUUCCCAAGAGCCGCCCUUUGGCAAUGUGUCGGCACGUAGCCGUGGCACUAUGGACGGUGUACUCGAUCCAAAUUUAACUUCGAUUGGAAGACAGAGAAGCGGACUAGCGCGAGCGAUGACAAUGGGCGCUCUAUCUGAGACGUUGGAACGUCAAGGCAGGGGAAGAUGGCUGCGACAGAGGAGUGGAAGCGAUGGACGAACGCCACGAAGCAGGUCCCUUCAGAGUUCAUUUGCCAGACAUGCGCAUGAUGUGCCAGCACCGGCAAAUGUCACUACAUCUCCCAUGACCUCCUCUCCGAUUGAUGCUCAAUCUAACGACGUGGAACAAGGGGGAGAGGAGUCCUCCCACCCGCAUAGGGAAGAGUCCGAUCUAAGGGAGCAAAUCUUGCAUCUUGCGAGUUUUGGGCCUGGCUUCUUUGCGGGACCGUUUGGGAGUCUGAAAGCGCGUCAUUCUGGCCGCCACAAGGACUCCGAAGGAGAGACCAGCGAUAGCGAGAGUGAUGUAUCUCGCCCACUUCUUUCCAGAAAAAACGACCAAUCAGCGUCCUACCAAUCAACUGAGGGAGGAGUAAAUGGAGCGACUAAAGAUAAACAUACUCGCAGACCAUCAAGCGCAGAUCUAGCCGAUGCGUUCGAGUCCAUCGCUGUCGAAGAUGCAACGAAGAGGCUGAAGCAGAUUGUGUCUUUACCUGAUCUUUAUCCGGAGUGGUUCCAAUUCAUACUUGCGGGUGUUUCCUCAGGGUGUGGAGCAGGUCUGUUUUUUGGUGGAGGAUGGUACGAUGUCGCUGCGGCAGGUGUUUUUGGAACAAUUGUUGGGGGCCUCGGUGGUGUAUUUGAAGGACGACGAACUCUUGACAAAGUUUAUCAUUUCAUCGGGGCCGUCUUUGUCGCUUUCGCUUCGCGUAGUUUGAUUCACUUUGGAGUCCCUCUCUGCUACUCGGCCACAACGAUAUCGUCCAUCAUGUACCUCCUGCAAGGACUCACAAUUACCCUCGCCCUAGUAGAACUAGCUACCCGUCACAUGAUCAGCGGGACAACGAGGUUGGCCUACGGGCUCACCAUGACAGGUUUGAUCGGAUAUGGUCUAGAUCUAGGAUCAACACUUGCUACACGCGUGCUUCACAUCCCGAAGGUACCUGAGGAAGGGUCAGGCACAUGUGCUGAUCCUGUUACGCCUCUAUGGCAAUUAGUCCUGUUUCUGCCGACAAGUCUGGCUCUCAGCAUGAGUAUUAAUGCCCACUUGUUGCAACUGCCUUUCAUGACAUUUAUCUCUGCCAUUGGAUAUGCGGUGUACUACUUAGCCGAUCAGCUGGUGGCCGUAAACCUCUCCUCGGCAAUUGGAGCCUUUGCUGUGGGCGUUGCGUCGAAUGUGUACGCGCGGUGGACUGGAAUACCUGCGAUCGUGGGAGAUCUUGGUGGAUUAAACAUGUUAUUUCCGGGUGGGUUGGCUGUGAGGGGAAUCACGAAGGUGAUUGAGGGUGUCAACAUUGCGGAAGGUCUGGGGCUGAUUACCACCGUAAUGAUUGUGGGAUUAAGCCUGGGAGUAGGUCUGUUUAUGGCUGGGGUCGUGGCCCCCUUACCAGCAGCGGAGAUAAACAGACGGCGAGGACAGCUGAACAUGGAGAUUUUGCACUUCUGAUAGAUUGCUAAUAUGGUCGCGGAUUUGCAACAUUCAAAUAGGCCAGGCUUUGCAACAUGUAUAGUUAGGAUAGAGUAUAAAGCUUGUGGAUACUUGAGUGCACCCUUCAUGAAUAUCUGGAAAUGCCCAUGCAGGGUAUUACUGUUCAAGCAAAUCCCAACAGAACUUGACAUUUCAC